CCCCUGCCGCCCCGCCCCGCCGCUCCCGGCCGGCCCGGGGAGCCGGUGCCGAGCGCCGGGCUCGCUGCGAGCCCCGGGCCGCCGGCAGCAUGCCGCUCGCCCAGCUGGCCGAGCCCUGGCCCAACAUGGAGCUGGUGCAGCUGGACACGGAGAAUGGACAGGCUGCUCCAGAGGAAGGUGGCAAUCCUCCAGCCAAGGCAAAAUCAGAGAUCACUUGGAUAGAGAAAGACCUCGUGGACUCAGCAGACAAGGGCGAAGGUGUUGUGAAGGAAAUCAACAUCACGCACCAUGUGAAGGAAGGCUCCGAGAAAGCUGAUCCUUCGCAGUUUGAGCUCCUGAAGGUGCUGGGACAGGGCUCUUUCGGCAAGGUUUUCCUGGUGAGAAAAAUAACACCGCCAGACAGCAACCACCUCUACGCCAUGAAGGUGCUCAAGAAGGCGACGCUGAAAGUGCGUGAUCGAGUAAGGACAAAGAUAGAAAGGGACAUCCUGGCUGAUGUAAACCAUCCCUUUGUGGUGAAACUCCACUACGCAUUCCAGACGGAGGGGAAGCUGUAUCUCAUCCUGGAUUUCCUCAGAGGAGGUGACCUUUUCACUCGCCUUUCCAAAGAGGUCAUGUUCACCGAGGAGGACGUGAAGUUCUACCUGGCAGAGCUGGCUCUGGGGCUCGACCAUUUGCACAGCCUGGGAAUCAUCUACCGGGAUCUCAAACCAGAGAACAUCCUCUUGGACGAAGAAGGGCACAUCAAACUCACAGAUUUUGGCUUGAGCAAGGAGGCUAUAGACCACGAGAAGAAAGCCUAUUCCUUCUGCGGGACAGUGGAGUACAUGGCGCCAGAGGUGGUGAAUCGCCAGGGCCACUCGCACAGUGCAGACUGGUGGUCCUACGGGGUGUUAAUGUUUGAAAUGCUGACCGGCUCGCUGCCCUUCCAGGGGAAGGAUCGUAAGGAGACGAUGACCCUCAUCCUCAAAGCGAAGCUGGGCAUGCCGCAGUUCCUGAGCUCUGAAGCACAGAGCCUCCUGCGAGCCCUUUUCAAAAGGAAUCCAGCCAACCGAUUAGGUUCUGGGCCAGAUGGGGCAGAAGAGAUCAAGCGCCAUCCUUUCUACUCGACCAUUGACUGGAAUAAGCUGUACCGCAGGGAAAUCAAGCCGCCCUUCAAGCCAGCCGUAGGCCAGCCGGAUGACACCUUUUAUUUUGACACAGAAUUUACGUCGCGUACACCGAAAGAUUCCCCCGGCAUCCCCCCGAGCGCCGGGGCCCAUCAGCUCUUCCGAGGCUUCAGUUUUGUGGCGACCGGGUUGAUGGAGGAUGGGAAGGUGAAGCCUGCCCAGUCACCUCUGCAUUCGGUGGUGCAGCAGCUGCACGGCAAGAACGUCCAGUUCAACGACGGCUACGUGGUGAAGGAGGCGAUCGGCGUCGGCUCCUACUCAGUGUGUAAACGCUGCAUUCAUAAAGCCACCAACAUGGAAUACGCAGUCAAGGUUAUCGACAAGAGCAAGCGAGACCCGUCUGAGGAAAUAGAAAUCCUCCUGCGAUACGGGCAGCAUCCAAACAUCAUCACCUUGAAAGAUGUGUAUGAUGACGGGAAGUACGUGUAUCUGGUGACUGAGCUGAUGCGGGGAGGGGAGCUACUCGAUAAAAUCCUCAGACAGAAAUUCUUCUCAGAGAGGGAGGCCAGUUCGGUCCUGCACACGAUCUGUAAAACGGUGGAAUAUCUGCAUUCCCAAGGGGUGGUUCACAGGGACUUGAAACCCAGCAAUAUUCUCUAUGUGGAUGAGUCAGGAAACCCCGAAAGCAUUCGCAUUUGUGACUUUGGCUUUGCCAAGCAGCUGAGGGCUGAGAACGGCCUUCUCAUGACUCCUUGUUACACAGCAAACUUCGUGGCACCCGAGGUACUAAAACGCCAAGGCUACGAUGAGGGCUGCGACAUCUGGAGCCUGGGGGUUCUCCUGUAUACGAUGCUGGCGGGCUGCACCCCAUUUGCAAACGGUCCCAGUGACACUCCAGAAGAGAUCCUGUCCCGGAUAGGCGGCGGGAAGUUCUCCGUCAGUGGGGGCAAUUGGGACACUAUUUCUGACAUGGCCAAGGAUCUGGUAUCAAAGAUGCUUCACGUAGAUCCUCACCAGCGUCUAACGGCCAAGCAGGUCCUGCAGCACCCCUGGAUAACCCACAAGGACAGCUUACCCCAGAGCCAGCUCAAUCACCAGGACGUGCAGCUUGUCAAGGGGGCGAUGGCCGCCACGUACUCCGCCCUGAACAGCUCCAAGCCGAGCCCGCAGCUGAAGCCCAUCGAGUCCUCCAUCCUGGCACAGCGGCGGGUGAAGAAGCUCCCAUCCACCACGCUGUGAGGCCGGGGGGGCGGCAGCCGCGCGGUGCAGCCGCACAGACUUGGCACAUCUGCCCGACACGGGGACGGGAGGUCGGGCGGUCGAUGCCAGCACAGGAGCUCCCUCGAGGACGACGUCUCAAAAGGCCACGUGCCUUUGUGUUGCUGACAGACCGGCUCCUCCUCGCGUGGACUGAUCUUUGCUGAGAGAACUCCACUGUAAAACCUUUUUUGAAGUGUAAAUUGUUGAUUUUUAAAGACAUCCAUCUGUGUAUAUGAGAACUAGAGUGUAUAACAUGUCAAGAGGCACUAAAAAGCAGCUCUGAUUCACCCUUUCCUGUGUAGGGCCAGAGAUUUGUUGUAGCUACAUCAUUUCUUAGGAGCGAUCCUCUCCAACACCAUCGCAGCUGGAGGACUGUGGAAUGUUCGGGGUUUAGGCUCUGGGGUUUUUCCUCCCUUGAACCUUUGGGAUCCCAUCCCACAGUCAGCCCUGCAGCCUCUUGGUCGGCAGCACCCGUGUUUGUGAAGAACUUCCCUCCCCUUCGCUCCCUGUGUGUGUUCAGAGUGUAAAUUGGUUUUUCAGGCUCCGUUUCCUCCCCAGCGCAGCCGGCAGGACUCCAAACAGAAUAAACCAGGCGUUUUCGGAACGCCCCCGCAGAGGCUGGGCUGGCCGGACACCUGCUGCCUUGGGCUCAUUCCUCCCAUCGCCGUGUUCUCCCCGUCACUCCGUGGGGACUUUGUCACCUGUGCAGGGGGGAUGACAAGGGAACCUUCUUGGCCACGCUGGCUUCACGCCGGCCCUGGCUGCUGCUUUUAGCAUUUUGGGGUUUCCUUUCCUUCAGCAGGAACCUAUUAAACAAACCAUCCUUUUUUUUUUUUAAUUUAACUUUAUUCUACAGCUGGUAACUCAGGGUUUCUUUCUGAAUUGUACAAUAAAUGUGUCAUUCGGUUGA